GAGAGAGAGACUUGGAAAACCAAAGAAAGUUAAGCAAAUGCACAGAGGGUUUGAGGAUCUGUCUGCUGCAUGGCCCCGACAUAAACAAAAGGGGAGGGUUUGACGCUCAUCUGUGUGCAUGCCUUGCACAAAGUGAUGAGAGGGUGCCAUUGACUCUCCGGCUUUGUCUCACUUUUCCUCUUCAAACCCGGCCACGCUCUCAGCUCUCCCAAGGAUUACUGCCUUUUGCUCCUGGAAACCUCUCAAGAGGAUUGUGAGAAGAACUUGCUUUAUUUUUUUAACACUUGAGGUGGUUGUCUCCAUCGUGUGAGCGCUUUUAGAUUUGCUUUAGCUGGAGUAAUGCCUCUGUGUUGGAGCAGGCGCCUCUGGGUGCCAGUGGUUUUUGGUGCCACUCUGGUUGCUCUCACUGCUGUUAAAGCUGGACCAAACCGGGACCGGAGGCAGGCUCAGGCAUCCUGCAUCGGAGGAUUUGACCUCUACUUUGUUUUGGAUAAAUCUGGGAGUGUGCAGAACCACUGGAAUGAAAUCUACCAGUUUGUUGAGCAUCUAGCACAGAAAUUUGUGAGCCCACAGUUGCGGAUGUCCUUCAUUGUGUUCUCCACUGGGGGACAGAUCCUGAUGAGCCUGACAGAGGACAGGGAGCGUAUUCGUAAGGGUCUGGAGGAGCUCCAUGACGUUCAGACAGGGGGAGACACCUUCAUGCACGAGGGCAUCCUGAGGGCCAACGAGCAGAUUUACUACGGAAACAUAGAAGGUUAUCGGACUGCCAGUGUUAUCAUUGCUCUAACAGAUGGAGAGCUCCAUGAAGAUCUCUUCUACCAUGCUGAGAGGGAGGCCUAUCGCUCCAGAAGUCUGGGUGCCUCGGUUUACUGCGUAGGAGUCAAGGACUUCAACGAGACGCAGUUGGCCAAGAUUGCGGAUAGCAAAGACCACGUCUUCCCUGUAAAUGACGGAUUUGCAGCUUUGCAGGGGGUCAUUGAUUCAAUCCUGAAGAAAUCAUGUAUAGAGAUCCUGGCAGCGGAACCCUCGAGCAUCUGUGCAGGAGAGUCCUUCGAGGUGGUGGUGAGAGGAAAUGGAUUCCUACACACCCGAAACGUUGACCGAGUCCUGUGCAGCUUCCGGAUUAAUGACACCUUGACCAAGAGAACUUUGGAUGCCAGUGACUACCAGGAGGUCGGUUUUAUAAAGUCUGUUGACCCUUUGCACUCUACCUCCCCAGUGAUGAAGCCUUUGGUUGUGGAGGACACAUAUCUUCUCUGCCCUGCACCAGUGCUUCAGGAUGAGGGAAUGGCUGCGAACCUCUAUGUCAGCAUGAACGAGGGUCUCAGUUUCGUCUCCAGCUCAGUCACCAUCACCACUGUGAGCUGUUCUGAUGGGACUAUCCUGGCCAUAGCUCUGCUCAUCCUCAUGCUUCUUCUGGUCUUGGCUCUCCUCUGGUGGUUCUGGCCUCUUUGCUGUACUGUGAUCAUCCACGAGCCCCCCCCACCAGCUGUGGAAGAAAGUUCGGAUGAAGAGGACUUUGAAGGGCCAAAGAAGAAGUGGCCUACUGUAGACGCCUCGUACUAUGGCGGAAGAGGAGUGGGGGGGAUCAAAAGGAUGGAGGUUCGCUGGGGUGAGAAAGGUUCUACCGAAGAAGGAGCAAAGCUGGAAAAAGCCAAAAAUGCCAAAGUGAAGAUGCCUGAUCAGGAGUUUGUGCUGCCUCCCACUCGGGUUCUCAACAAUGGCAUGCACAAAGCUCCGGGGCCUCGCACAUGGUACUCACCCAUCAAGGGCAAACUGGAUGCAUUGUGGGUCCUUUUAAGAAAAGGCUACGACCGUGUAUCUGUAAUGAGACCUCAUCCAGGGGACAAGGGGAGAUGUAUGAACUUCACCCGUAUAAAGUCUCCCCCUCGCUACCCGCACUUCCACCAUCAGACGCCUCCCAUCUACACCGCCUCCGGCAGGAGUCCAGCACCCCCCCAGGCCACCCUGCCGCCCAGCCCCAGCAGCCCGCCGCCGUUCCCCUUCUCCACGCUUCCAUCGCUGCCUUCAACGCCCUCCACCUGCACCACUCCAUCCCCCCCCGUCCCCCCCCCGCCUUACACGCCACCUCCCAACCGGGCUCUGCCCCCACCCAGCCUCUACAUACCCGCUCCGGCCGAGCUCCCGCCCACCCCUCCACCCAGCGCCUCUCCCUCCGGCCCUCUGCCUCCUCCCCCACAGGCCCCCCCCCCUGGACGAGCACCUCCACCUGCCCGCCCUCCCCCUCGCCCUGGUUUGUAG